AUGACGACCGGAGAGGUUGGUGAGCAGCGCGGGGAGGCGCACGAAUACCGCUACUGGGAGGAGAGUCGAGCGGUUGGAGGACAGGAGGUUCUUAAGAGUCGCAAGAAGGAGGCGCGUAGUCUUCUCCUUGGGAGACAGACGCAGGAGGUGGGAGUACAGUUGGAUAAACUCAUGGUCCCUGUAGUCCGUCAGUACACAAGCCCAUGA